GCCACAAAUCUCUGAGAAGCUUCCCCACGUCAGGAUAUGUAUCCGGAACUAUUAGCUAUCGUUCUCGUGACAGUUGUCUCCCUUGGAUGUCAGCAGACACCAUCUGAUGAUUUCAGGGGAAACGUCAAGUUCUCUACGCUUGUAGCGACAGGGGAAGUAACUGACUCCAUCAGCGAUACGUCGUAUCAAAUGACACUGAAAUGCAUAUUGAAGGACAGCGGGACACGGCCACCAGCUAUUAUUAACAUCACCCAUACAUCCAACAAUUUGGAUGGUAGAUGCUUCAUCAACAAGUUCCAGAAAGGUAAAUCGUAUCUGGUGUUCCUCCGAUAUAUCAAACCGAACUACACCCCACUGUCAAAUGAAGAAGAACCUUCGAAAAUCGCAGAUGUUCUCAAAGAGUGUGGAUUAGGCGUUGUAAGCAAAGUUCCAACAGAUAGCAGAUUAAUGUCCACCACUUGUCCAAACGUAGAGGCCAGGGCUUGUCCGACAACAGUACCACCAACAACACCGCCUCGCAAGAAGAAAACUCCACCAGCAUUGCCAAUGGCGACUAAAAAUCGCAUGGAUAAUACCGAAAAACAAACCAUUCGGACGACCUUUGCUCUCAGAACAACAACAAUGAGGCCACAACCACAGGCCACAGAGGUCCUAGCAUUGCCAAUGACGACUAAAAAUCGCAUGGGUAAUACCGAAAAACAAACCAUUCGGACGACCUUUGCUCUCGGAACAACAACAAUGAGGUCACAACCACAGGCCACAGAGGUCAAGGACAACAAAUCUCAAGUUUAUAACAACACAGCGUCACAAGGGACCGGAAACACCACGUGGUACAUCAUGUGGUACAUCACGUGGCGCAUCAUAUGCCUAUUUUAUCGCAAAGAUGUAUAAGAAAGAGAGACAUGGUCAUGGAUCUUAUUUCCACCUACGUUUCCUUAUAGAAGACAUUGCAUGGUCCAAGGACUUGUUUUAUGAUCAACUCUAAACAUGGAACAAGAAAUCAUUUGUUCUU